GUUAAAAUGCCGGAACUGAUGAUUCGCCUUUUUCCAAGAUGGCGUCGAUGAGGGACAGCGACACCGGCCUGUGGCUUCAUAACAAACUGGGCUCUACGGACGAGUUGUGGACGCCCUCGAGCAUCGGCUCGCUGCUCACCGUGUCGGUUAUCGACAACAUCCGACUGUGUUUCUCCAAUUUAUCUCCUCCGGUGAAGUUGAAACUGCUGCUCGGCAUGCUGCAUCUCCCGCGCAGGACUGUGGACGAGAUGAAGGAUCCUCUGUCAGAAAUCAUUCAGUUGGCCACAGUGGACUCGGAGCCCUGGGUGCUGAUGGUGGCAGACAUCCUGAAGUCAUUCCCUGAAACGGGUUCUCUCAAUCUGGACCUGGAAGAGCAGAACCCCAAUGUCCAGGACAUUCUGGGAGAACUGAGAGAAAAAGUGAGUGAGUGUGAGGCGUCGGCCAUGUUGCCACUUGAGUGUCAGUAUCUGAAUAAGAGUGCUCUGACCACACUGGUGGGUCCACUCACACCUCCCAUCAAACACUUCCAGCUCAAGAGAAAACCCAAAAGCGCCACACUGAGAGCUGAGCUCCUCCAGAAGUCCACAGAAACUGCACAGCAGCUGAAGAAAACCGCCGGAGUGCCUUUCCAUGCUAAAGGACGAGGUCUCGUCAAAAAAAUUGACACUACAACACCACUAAAGGGGAUCCCCAAAGCUCCGUUCCGCAGUCCCACCGCUCCCAGCAUGUUCCCUUCCAGUAACCGGACGCCCAUCGCCCCAGCUCGCACGCCACUGCGCAAAGAGAGAGGGGUCAAGUUAUUAGACAUCUCUGAGUUGGACAUGGUUGGAGCAGGCAGAGAAGCUAAGAGGAGAAGAAAAACCCUGGACACUGAAGCAGGAGAGAAGGUUGCUAAAGAGGAGGCAGUGGUGGAGAACGCAACCCCCGAUUAUGCCGCCGGCCUGGUAUCUACACAGAAAUUGGGGGCGCUGAACAACGAGAGUGCUCUACCAUCGACCAGCUACCUCCCAGCCACGCCCAGCAUGGUGCCCUCAUCCUCGUACAUUCCCAGCUCAGAGACACAACAGGCCAGCACAGGUGCUACAAACCGGCAGCCGGAGGAAUCGGCGGCGAGCGGCACCGCUGCCUCCACCCUCCCAGGCCAGUUUAAACAGAGAGCGCCCAUGUACAACGCCAGCACUGCCAGUCCCACAGCACCAACCUCGCCCACAACACCCACCAGCACACCCCACAACAACGCCCCGCCCACCGCUGCUACUGCAACACAACCAGACACGGCCACGCCUCCAUCCACCACAGCGGCUCAGGCCACCCCUACGCCUGCACCCCCGCAACCACAACCCAAAAAGAAUCUGUCGCUCACAAGAGAACAGAUGUACGCAGCGCAGGAAAUGUUCAAAACUGCAAACAAAGUCACCCGACCAGAGAAAGCUCUUAUCCUGGGCUUCAUGGCAGGAUCAAGAGAGAACCCAUGUCCGGAGCAGGGUGACAUCAUCCAGAUCAAGCUGAGCGAGCACACGGAGAUUCUUAAUAAAGCGGAUGGUACAGGCAGCACCACCAUGCUGGUGGACACAGUGUUUGAGAUGAACUACUCCACAGGCCAGUGGACCCGCCUUAAAAAAUACAAACCCAUCACCAAUGCAUCCUGAGGCACUGGAAAUUCUCUCUCACACACACAUAUUUACAUACACACAAGUCCAUCACAUUGUCUUUUGAAGAAGGCAUCAGAUAGACAAAUCAUAACUUUUGCUCUGAGAAAGACACACACACAAUAUCUGGGCCAAAAUGACUGACUAAGCAAAUGUGUUGAUGAUAAAGAGGUGUUUAAGCGCAGUGAAGUGAACCUAAUCUCACUUCUUGUUAUUUGUGUUCCUGUAUUGCCAAAAGUCAGGGACUUGACUUUCUUUGUAUAUUUUUCAUCUGGUUUUUUUUUGUGGUUUGUAAUACGUUCUUUAAUGACCAUCGCCCGGUUGGAAGAUGGGCAGGAUUUAGAGCAGUGGUUGUUCUGGGAUGCUUUUCGCUUCCAUGAUUGACACCAGUAAGUUUGGCCUUAAACACCAUCACAUUUUCCAAAACAUGUUCAUCUGUUUUAAUGUGAGAAAAACAAGGAUAAAAAUGUAGGUUGUUGGCUGGUUAGUUUGUUUUUCUUUUCGAAACUUCCAGUAGAUGUUCGUUUUUUCAUCCAUCUGGAAAUAGCAAAGAAAUAAAUCGAUCCGGAAAACAAUAAACGUUCGCUCAUUUCAACAUAUUAA